UGCAGUUAAUACCCGUCACGAAGAAGAAUACGUCAAAAACGGAAGUGCAGUUUUCCGGUGUCCUUGUGUGACAGAGGCAGACCAACAGUGAAGAUGAACAGACAUAUAUUUGCGUUGCAGCAGGUGGCGCGGCGGUGCAUCUCCAGCUCUGCCCGCCGCCCGGUGGAAAACAACGUCCCCCAGAAGCAGAAGCUGUUUCAGGAGGACAACGGCAUCCCCGUUCAUUUAAAAGGAGGCACCGCGGACGCUCUGCUGUACAGAACAACGAUGGCCCUCACCGUCCUGGGAGCUGGAUACGUUGUGUACGAACUGGUGAAGGCAGCUUUCCCUCAGAAGAAAGAUUGAAGUCCAGCUGUUUACUUCCAUGUUAAAAAACCGGCCAGGUGCUCUUUAUUGUAAAAUAAAUGAUAAAUACUCCUGUCAUAGUGGGAUAUAGUUUCGUGUUCAUGGGAUCAAUAUUUAUUUCUUGUACUCUCUGUCUCUCCGACGACCUGAGGAUCAAUAAAAUAAACCUCUCAUGACCAAAA